UAAUGAAGUGCGAUUAUCGUUCGCGAACGAUAUGACGUGAUUGCCAACUGUUGCCCAAUUAUUCAUCUAUUCGAAUUAUUUAUCGUCGGUUCCUGGUGCGCGUGAAAAGUGAAUUGUUCAGUGACACAUCGUCCGGUAUCAUGACGCUCAAGAACUUCUUCGUCAUUGGAUUAUUUUUCACCGUAAUGAUAGCUCGGGAGACCGAUUCAAUGCCCUCAAGACUCGGGAGAAGAUCCGUUGCGAAGGGGGAUGAUUUCCUGUUUUCCGGGUACAAAAAUCCUUGGAGGAUCGCUAAGAGUGACGAAAAAACUUUGGAUCACGAAUCCGGUAAUUCGCAAUCUCUAGGAAAGGAUGCGGAUUCAACGGGUGACAUCGUCUUCCCAAACGACGAAGGGGAUCUUCAGAUUCCGAAAUUUUUCACUCCAGGGCCAGCCCCGGAAUGCCGGACAAAAACCUACUGCGAAAAAGUUGCUUUUUAUCCCGAAAACUACGUGAGCACCGUGAUAAAACAGCACGACGAUCUCAAAAUGCUCGCCGUCAUCGACGCGGUCGACGACAUUGCCCAAAGAAUCGACGCAGACGACAGCACGCCCCUCUGUACGGCGGAAGAGCAGCUCGUGUAUCCGACGGCUGCUCAAAACAGAGCCAAUAAAUGGUUGUUCGUUGUGAACCAGGAAGGAUUCAGGCAAGGUGUUCGAGUGGAAACUUGCCAAUCGAACGAGGGAGAAUGCGCGAUGAUAAGCGAGUGGGCUUUCGGGUACAAAUCUAAGUGCAAACAGAAAUAUAUCCUCCGACAGCUGACCGCGAUCAGUCCGAAUGGAACGGUAAUUCGCGAUAUGUUUAGAUUGCCUUCCAGUUGCUGUUGUCACGUGAGACUGGAAUCUGGUUACAAUUCCAGAAUAGGCGUUGGACGGCCCUUCAAAACUCAAACCACCCCUAGUCCCAAACGAGCGAAACGAAGCAAGAGAAAUUUGGUAGUGAAAUGAUUGUUAUUGGAGUGCCUGCAAAAAUGGAGGCAAGAGAAAAAGAAAAUAGGAGAGAGCUAGGAGACCAUUGAGUGAGAAUAUGAUUCGCUACAAUGAUAUGUGAUCGUUAUAAUUGGGUUUUGGUCGUACUAAAUCGUUUGAAAAUUCCUGAAAACAGGGGAAAAAGAAUGCCAAAGAACUUUGAUCGUAUUAUUUAUUCUACAUCAUUUUCUCGACUGCGCAAAAAAGAAAUUAAAUAAAAGAAAAAAGUCGGUCCUCACGUGACGACAUGCACAACGGAAAAAAGCCACAAAGAAAGGAGCUCAACUUUCGACUAAAUUUAUCUCGACGAUAUUGAAUUAGAAGAUUAUGUUUUUUUGUAUAAAAUAAUUUAUAGAUUGGCUGGUCCGACCGUGGAGUAAAAUUGAUUUUGUUUUGUAAACUCUGUAGAACCAUAGAUAUAUCGAACGUUCAACGAUUAAAUAAAGCUCAAACUUAGAUUUGUGAAUGUCGCGUAAUCUACGCAGU